AUGGCGGACACCACGCCCACUACCACGACUACCACUAGCGAUGGUGCUGCAACAACAGCCCUCACCACCAAUACUACCACGACUACCGCGACCACAACCACCGACGGACCCGUGCCUCGCCAGCGCUCGUCAAUUGACUUCUCCUCCUCGACCGCCGUUGCCAGCAGUCACCCUGAUGAGAAACACAAAAUAAACACCACCACUACCGGCAGUAAAACAAAUAAUAACUUUCAUGCCCAUCGUCAAAGCCAUAACCCUUCCAAAUUACCCACUUUUCGCUUUGCCGACCUGCGCAAACAGAGUUUGGCGCAUCCGUCGCUGCUAACCCAAAGCCAAGGCAUUCCACCCUCGCCUGUCUCACCUCGCACGGAUCCCACUCGUCAAGAUUCAGAUCUACCAGCAGCAGCAAAAUCGCAGCAGCAACAACCGCCAAAGACGGCUCAACAAAGCAACAUACCAGCUUCCACGCGACGCGGCUCUCCACAAGGUCAUCGCCAACGCACCAGCAUUCGUCGAGGUCCUGUCUCACCAGGGCCAUUGUCUCCCACGUCUAUUGCAUCGCUCCAACACGUUGUCGCGUCCUCUUCUGCUUCCUCAGAUACGAGUUCUGGCAGGUCUCGGACGGCAACACUUCUUAGUCCACGGAAAUCAGCUUCCGUAUCCGCGACACGACCCGUCAAUUCACGGCGACCCAUCUCUCUGGGCUCUUCUUUCUCGCCGUCCAAGACUUCAGAUAGUCCGUCGGCGUCAGACUCUGCGACUACCAUUGUACUUGCCCAACCACAGCAACCACGGGCAUCUUCUUCAAGCAGAAGAGCAUCUGCCUCGGAGCCGCAUCCUCCACCGGCUGGAAGCCCAGAGGAAUCACUUGAGAACGCCACAGUCGAAUCGACUCUGGGCCAGAAAGAAUUGUCCAAUUCUGUACAGAAAACAAGUACCCAUGCGAAGAAGGGCUCGAUAGCAGCACGACGACCACCAGUAUCUUACAGUAGACGAUCUGCCGCACCUGCUCCGGCCAAAGUCACAAAAGGAGCCUCGACCAAGAUCCCACCUAUUCGUUCGUUCAGAACCUCUGGCGAUCGACAAACCCUAGGUAUUGAUACAAACUUAUACUCGCCGACCAAGCACGACGACCAAACUGGCGAUUCGGACCACCACGAUAGGACUUUAAAGGCAUUGGAAGGCAGACAAGACGACGGAAACUACGGAAUGACGCCGCCAGACUCUGCAUUAGAACAGCAUGAUGCUGACGAUAGUGGGGACGUAUUUUUGAACAUGGCCCGCGAGGAGCCAGACCCCCAACCUACACCAUCGCGAGUCAUACGAUCAGCACAUAGACGCCCGCUUUCCUCAGCAAUACCCCCAUAUCAGCCCAUGUCUCCUACUCAGGCAUCAAGGCGUAUGUCUGAUUUGGAGAGCGCAAGAUCAAAGUCGCGUGAAGAGGGUCAACUGGCUGAGAGACCUGCGCGAGCUCUGACGUUUAGGAGUUCUUUAACGGGUGGAAAUACGUCCGAGAUCAAGAACAGUAACUCAAAGGCCUCGCCCAUCACACCACGAACCCUGACGUUCCAAGAGCCUCUGACAGAGUCAACAAGUUCUUCAUAUGGCCGGAGAAGACAGUCCAAUGCUGACAGUACAUCGGCGGCGCUGCCCUCGCGCAUGUCAUCGCUAAAGCAGCCCGUCGGUUCUACAUACAGUUCUAGCCGAACUUACAACUCCUCACCACUAGCCCCAAAAUUAAUGGAUACUCAAAAGCCAGAUGCACAGGUCGGUGAUCAUCAGACGGAGUCUUCGAACUCGACUGCUGCACCCUCAACCGUCUGGGAUGAAAUAGACGACAUCAGAUCUCGUAUUCAGCGACUCGAACUCACUGGAAAACUACCACCUACGUCUGGAGCAGCCAUGUCACGGGCGUCGGAAGAGCGGCCUCCUACCGCUACAACGAAUGCAACCACCAUGUCUGCUUCGCCUAAACGCAACGGCGGGGAUCCCACGCCGCAAACAGAUGCAGUGAGCGUGGUAUCAUCGUCGUAUGGCAACAAGGAAUGUCCACCCCUACUGCAAUCCGCCAUGAACAAGUCAAAGGCGCUUCUGCCUCCAGAAAUAUACAAUGCUUUGGAGGGUGCUGCAUCUGAUGCAAUCACUUUGACAGCCAUGAUCGGAAGGAUUGGCGAGCCGGGGCCUAUAUCUAGUGCUGCGAGCAGUGUCGGGGGCACGGCAAUCACGGACCGGCAGCUGAGAAGAAAAGCUGAGAGUAUAUGUCGCAACCUCACCGAGUUGUGCCUGGCCCUCAGUGAAAACGUGCCGCAAGCCAAGCUACCGCAAGACGUGCCCAUGCCGAGCCUGGAAACUGGGCUCGCCGGCAGUCCCAUGAUUUCCCGGUUUUCAGGCGGCGCCGCUUCACGACGUUCGAGUACUAUUCUGACAGACCGUAGCCCGGUAACUGCAGCUGUUAGUAGCCCCAGAGCAAUGUCACGACUCGAAGAAAGGCGCAGCAGCAUGCUCUUUUCCAGUGCCGUCCCAAGCCCAAGCUCUCGUUAUUCCUCACAGACUCCCGUAACACCUACCGAGAUUGCAGGCAGAAGGACGUCGCUCUUGGUUCCACGUUCUCGUAGGGCCGGAACCGAAGAGCCAGAGGAAGCCGGCUCUGGCAUUUCUGGCAUCUCUGGCCAUGGGCGCAAGUCUUCGCUACUAUUGAGGACACGCCGUGGCGGCACGGAAGAGGCCGAAGAACAAGCUGGGCGUAGAUCCUCACUGCUGCGAACCCGUCGAACAGUUUACGACGAAGAAGACGAUCGUUCACCACGGAUCCGUUCAGUUUCGCGGACGGCAACGGAUUUCACAGGCCCUCGCCCUCCUGUAGCUCAAGAGUUCAACCCUCAGAUCCCAAUGGCCUCGAUCGAGUCGGCUAGUCUGAGUGCCUCACCGAUGCAGCGGCGGCGACUAGGUUUGUCGUCUAUAAAUACGCGUAUUCAGCCCACCACAAACAGUAGCCUUGCAACACGGCGGUACAUGGACAGGACCACACCAGAUUACGAGAGCAGCAAUUUGGCCGAGAAGCUUGCGGAAGAACGUGGACAGAGAUCAUUUUCUGGGCCCCAAAGUAGUGGACUUCCGAGUCGCAAUAGCAGUCUCCAAAGAAGGCUUCGUGAAAGCGUGCUGACGAGUAGUACGGCAACGGGGCAAGCGGCCGGCUACCGGUAA